UACGGAUAACAGUGGAUGUUGCAGAUUUUCUCGUCAGUCCUUUAGCCGCGUCCGUCAUGGCAUCCGCCGAGGAAUUAGGUGUUUCUGCCCUCGUGCACGAUUAUUUGCUGAAAAAGGAUGCAGCCCUUGCUAAAGUUUUCCAAAAGAAAACUAGCGCACCAACAUUACCAAAGGGUUCACCAGGCAUCAUAGAAGUUUACAAGCAUUACCAGAGCACCUCAAGCAAAAAAAUAAACAUAAAGAGUACGAAAAAGGAUAGCAGUUCAGGUUCAAGUUCAGAGGAGGAAGAAACACCUAAGAAAGCUCCACAGUUGAACGGUAAAGCACCUGCAAAAGUAACGCCUGCCAAGGCAAAGAAAGAGAGUUCUUCUGAGGAAUCGUCGAGUGAAGAUGAACAGCCGUCAAAGCCUGCACCGAAACCAGUUGCAAAAGUGGUCCCACCUAAAAAAGAAUCGAGCUCAGAAGACAGUUCGGAUGAAGAAGAAGCUGCAGUACCAACAAAAGCUACGGCUAAAAAAGUUACUAAACCUGUAACUGCCAAACCAGUAGCUAAAAAAGAAUCCUCCAGCGAGGAAGAAGACUCUUCUGACGAAGAAGAUUCCAAAGCUAAGACAGUAGCGAAACCCGUAGCAGCAAAAGCUACUUCUAAACCAGCAGUUAAACCCGCUGCGAAAAACGAAUCUUCUAGCGAAGAUAGCAACAGUGAUGAGCCCACAGUGAAACCAGCAGUGCGAAAACCCACACCCGCAGCUGCUGUGCCAAAAGCUGCUCCAAAAAAGAAAGAAGAAUCGAGCAGUGAAGAAUCCUCGUCAGAGGAUGAGAAACCUGUAGCAAAAAAAUCACCGGUCAAACAACCACCAAAAACAGCACCUGCAAAAGUUGUGGCCAAGAAAGAAUCCUCCUCCGAAGAGGAUUCCUCGGAGGAUGAAAAACCUGCUGCUAAGCCUGUAGUGAAAGCCAGUCCUGUCAAAACUCCUCUUGCCAAGAAACCUGUUGCUAAAAAAGAAUCCUCUAGCGAAGAAGACAGUGACGACGAUGAGCCGCCUGCAAAAAAACCAGCUCCAACCCCAGCGUCAAAAGCACCAGUGAAGGUUGCUGCCAAAAAAGCUGAAUCUUCUAGCGAAGAAGACUCCUCCGAAGAAGAGAGCACACCGGCACCUAAAGUAACUGCAAAAUCUCCGGCUGUUCAAAAGAAGAAGGAAGAAUCCUCGAGCGAGGAAUCUGAUUCCGAAGAUGAAAAACCAGCACCACCCAAAGUUUCCCCCAAGAAAACAGCAAAAAAGGAGUCUUCGAGCGAAGAAUCUUCGGAAGAUGAGAAACCCACGCCCAAAGCUGCUGCUAAACCUGCGGCCAAAAAAGAAUCCAGUGAUGAAGAAUCAAGUGAGGAAGAAGAGGUUGAGGAGAAACCUGUUGUAAAGACCCCAGCCAAGGGCAAAGGAGAAAAGAGGAAACACAAUAAAACUGUCGAAGAGGCGGAAGGUGAUGCUGAUGAGAAACCAGCAAAAAAACCUAUGUACAGCAAUUUCACUAAAGCCAACAACAGUUUCAAUGGUGAUAAGCCAAAAAAUAGCCCAUUCAGGCGCGUGAACGACGAAGAGUACAUCCACAUGCUGCAUCCGGAUCUGACAAACAAUUCGUUCGAAGCAAAGAAAGGUGCGCGCGGAUCAUGGGGAGAAAAAGCAAACCUGGACUUGAAGCACACAAAGGGCAAGUCUUUUCGUCACGAAAAGACGAAGAAGAAGCGAGGAGCGUAUCGUGGCGGUCAGAUUGACAUGUCAGUAAAUUCCAUUAAAUUCGACGAAUAAUUAACGAAAGAAAAUAACGACAGAGUGUGUUAUCACUGCAAGACACGAAGAACAUCCGGUUGACUCGAUACGACAGCUGUGAUUUCAGCGAUUGAAGGUCACACGGGAAUCGAGACGGCAACCGAGUAAAUGUUUUUGGUUUAUUUUUUUUUUUUACGAUUGAAACGAAAGUUUUAACAGAGUCUCAUUCGACAACGAGUAUUUCAUUGAAACAUAUUUCAAUUGUUUCGCAUCAUUUCACCGGCACAUCUUCGCCUCAAAUUGUUUAUUUUUUGCGCUUCUAUUUAUAACGUUUAAACGUAAUUAAAGAAAUUUCCACCGAUUUGAAGACAGUCCGCGAGCAAUUCGAUGGAUUUUAUUGACGAUUUAACAGUCCACAGUAACGAUCGCAUAACACAUGCGAAUCGAGCCGAAUGUAAUAAAUAAGAAUUUCCAUUGGAACGCUAAAUUUGGUAGCUUUUCCCAAGCUAUUUUCAAUUCCGUUAAGCGCGUGUAUCUAUAUUUUUAUGUAUUAUAAGUUUAUAACGAAGUUUUGCAUCAGAGUUUAUAAUUGAUUCGCGCUUUACAUCACCGAUUGGAAGAACAGCGAAUAUUAAUUGUAUCAUUUCCAGCAUGAUUUUCCAUGAAUGUUUGUAUGUUUUCUUCUUUUCGCUGAUUUAUCACGAUACAAACAUGUUGGAAUUCAUUCCUAGAGAGAAAACCACUCGUUUUCUUAUAGCGCUUAUUUUUUCCGUAAAGUUUAUGUUAAAAUCAUUAAACCCCAUAUUGUACUCGCUCUAAUUAUAAACGAACGAUGGGGCGCUAGUGGUACAUCUUUUUGUGUUUCAAGACGAAUCGCUGCAACUACGUAAAUUUGACUAAAUGUGUCACGAAAUCAUUCGAAAACAAAUAACAAUGCACUGCGCCCCUGUUGAGAAUUCAUUUGCGCGCGAGAGGAACAACGUAUUUGUACGAUCGUAUCAAUAUCCGAUGACAAGAUUAUUAAAAAAAGAUAUAUGACAA